AUGGUGAGACUGGUCCAUUGCACUACAGGGCGAGUUGACCCGUGUGGCUGUCUCGAAUGGAGACACGCCAACAGCAAAAUUUUUGCGUGUGGGGACGGCGUACGCGCCUCCCCAAACAUAUAA